AUGACAAUGUAUUGUCGACAUCAUCACAUUUUAGUUUACCAGUUUCGCCACUUCCAGCACCACUCUGGACCUACUUCAAGUCCGCUAUUCAUUUCUGAAACAUCUGCUGCCACCUCUGCCAAUUCAUUAUCGAAUAAAAAAAGGAAAAGUGAUAUAAUUGACCUUUAUUCAAAACCUAACGAGCUGUGGGAAGCAAAAAACUACUACGAGUUUGUCAGAACACAUAAAGAAUUUGCACAAUGUAAACUAUGUGCAUGUGGAGGGCUUGACAAAAAGUUCAAACAUAAUAACUCGACUAGUAAUAUGACACAACAAUUAGCCAAUGCUCAUAAUGUCACAAAUGAAAACCCAACAGGAAAUGAAUGGAAAUUUCAAGAUGUUCUUUUAUCAAUUGAAGUACUUUCUUCUCAUACAGCAGAAAACAUUCAAAAUAUAUUGGCUAACAUUCUCAAUCGCUGGCACAUCUCUGAUAAAGUAUUUGUAGCAACAACAGAUAAUGGUGCCAAUAUGAAGAAAGCUAUUCAUUACUAUUUGGCAUAUCACAUCUGA